AUGGAAGACAGUGGAGGUGAUGAUGAUGGUCAUGACGAUCAUGAUAAUCCUGGUGAAGGAGGCAAAGGCUCUUCCUCAAGUCAGGUGAGAAAAGCUCAGAAUAGGAUAGCUCAGAGAGAGUUUAGGUUGCGUAAGCAGCAAUAUAUACGGGAUCUAGAAGCUAGGGUGGAAGUGUUGUCAGGUGAUAAAGAAGAACGUAUAGAACUCAUGACGUUAUUGGUAAGAAACCUGUUGAAGGAGAAUAAGGAUUUGAGAAAUAUGGUGAAGAAUAUGGCUGGGUUUAUCGGUGAAGGCCUCGGAUCAUGUCUACCUCGAUUAGGACUAUCGGCCGACGGACUAGAUGCCAUCCUCACACGUUCCGACACAGACACGGCGUAUGAGGCAUUUGUAAAUCUCAAAGCAUCCAAGGAGCAGCUGGCCGCUCAUCCGGGAAUGAAAUACGGCGCGACUCGUAGAAGGGGAAGUACCAUCAAGAGGAAACGUGAUGAUGAAAGCAGUCCUACUGUUGAGAAAGAGAAAGAAAAAGAUAAGGGAAAAGGAAGAGCGACAAGUGAGAAUCGUACGGGUGCCAAAUUAGGGCAUGGGAGUGCUACAGGUACACCAACUCCCUUAAACCCAUCGAUAUCCAACGAACCUACUUUACCUGCCAGCUUCUAUACUUUCAGUCAACCUGAAGAUGAAAAUUAUCACUACCUGUUUCCGGAUCUAGAUACGUUGUUAGCGGAAAACGAUCCUGCGGGAUAUAAUGGACCGCCGAAUCUGCAACCUAGACCACCUCCGCUUACGGAUGAUAGGGAGAGGUUCGAUCCCAGUGGGUUUUCCAGUGGGAGCAGUAGGGUGACAGGAGAUACUCGAGAACAUGGAUAUGCUCAUCAUAUCAUGCCUGCUGGAUUAGGAGGUAGUGGAUCACCCAAAGCGGAUUAUAAUAACGGUUCAUCCUUGAAUCAAGAUCAAAGCCAGUCUAUCGGCGUUGGCAGUUCCAGUUCCGGUAUGGGAUCUUCUUCAAGUGGAUAUUUCGGAUUUGGCCCAACACCGCCUACGAUGCUUUCGAACACUGGUGAAUUUGGUAUUCCGUUACCUAGCGGUAGUGGACCUUCAAGUGGAAUUAUGAACCUACCUACUUCUUCUUCAUCAAGUGAUAUAGGUAGAAGUGCCGAAAAUCCAAUUAGUUCCUUAGCUGGACCUAGACCGGCACCCAGUGGGAUCGGUUCACAGGGUAAUUACGCCAGAGGACAUCCAUCAGUAUUGUCUUCGGACCUAUCACAUACUGGACCAGAAAAAUCCCAAACUUUGAGAGAAGCUGUGACGGCCAUUACCAACGCUGAUAACGCCCUUGAAGGACCUGGUGUCACUGCUGCCGAACUUGCCGAAAGGAGGAGACAGCAGGAUCAGUUGAUGAGGCUCAUAGCAGAGGGUGAUCCCGCGGAUAGGAAGAUGGAGACUAUGCAGUUGAUCACCUAUCAUCUCAAUAACUUCAGGAUGAAUCAUGAAUACCAUUUACCGCCCUCACUCCGACCGACGGUGGUACAGCGGACUAUACCUCAUGAACAUGCUAUAGACGGGAUCAUAUUUCCCUCGAUCAGGGAUAGGAUGAUCUUGUUGAGAGGGAGAUAUGACCUAGUAGAAGUGUUCCGUGCGAUGUUAUCAGAGUUGGAAUUGCACGGUGACGAUGUACUGGAUCAUAAUAAUUACGAGAUAUCAGAGAGGUUCAUCGAUAAUUAUAGCAUAUUGAUCGACGAUAUAGUCAUCAAUAUAUCUAACAGAUGGCGAGCUCAGAGAGAUGCACCUUUAUUGAGUAUGCCUGAGAAAGAAACGACCAAUAGACAGGGAGCCGGAAAUAGGAUACAUGCCGAACGUCCAGAAGCGUUCGGUAGGCAGUAG